UAAUAGAUGACACCUACAGAAAAAUGCAAGUUCCUGGAGCGACUGAUCUAGCCUCAAAAAGUCAAAGCAGCUCAGAAAUUAAUCAGGUUAAACCUAAAGAAGAAAUAAAUGAUUUGUAUCAGGACAUGAAGGUUCGCUGUCCCUGUGGUAGUUCUUUGAUUACCGACUCAAUGAUUCAGUGUGAAGAUCCGAUAUGUCAUCUUUGGCAACAUAUUGAUUGUGUUAUUAUACCUGAGAAACCUAUGGUGGGUGUUCGCCCUGAAGUUCCACAGUGCUAUUACUGUGAAGUUUGCCGACUCAAGAGGGCGGACCCGUUUUGGGUUACUGUGGGACAGCCUUUACAUCCUACAAAAUUAGUUCCUUCUGGCAUUGGAUCUGAUGGAGCAAAUACAGUACCAUGCAUUGAGAAAACUUAUCCGCUAUCAAGAGCUGACAAGGAAUUGCUACAAAGAACUGAAUUUGAUCUUCAGGUUUGGUGUAUUCUCCUCAAUGAUAAAGUCCCUUUUAGAAUGCAGUGGCCACAACAUGCUGAUCUACAAGUCAAUGGUUUUGCUGUCCGAACAACCAAUAGGCCAGGUGCACAGUUAUUAGGACUUAAUGGUAGAGAUGAUGGUCCUCUGAUCACUACAUGUAGCAGGGAAGGAAUAAACAAGAUUUGUUUAUCACGUUGCGAUGUUCGCACAUUCAGUUUUGGUAUCAGGAUUGCAAAGCGCAGAACAGUUCAACAGGUCCUGAAUAUGAUACCUAAGGAAGCAGAUGGUGAGCCUUUCGUGGAUGCCCUUGCUCGGAUUUGUCGUUGUAUUAGUGGAGGUAAUGCUACCGAUACUGCAGACAGUGACAGUGAUCUGGAGGUGGUGGCGGAUUCUGUUACUGUCAAUCUCCGGUGCCCAAUGAGUGGGUCUAGGAUAAAGAUUGCAGGAAGGUUCAAGCCUUGUGUUCACAUGGGGUGUUUUGAUCUAGAAACAUUCGUGGAACUUAAUCAGAGAUCUCGUAAGUGGCAAUGUCCAAUCUGCCUAAAGAAUUACUCUCUUGAAAACCUCAUCAUUGAUCCAUAUUUUAAUCGUAUCACUUCGUUGAUGAGAAAUUGCGGAGAAGAUGUUAAUGAGAUUGAUGUUAAGCCUAAUGGUUCUUGGCGUGCAAAGAGUGAAGGAGAGUGCAGGGAUCUUUCAAGGUGGCAUUUACCAGAUGGUUCGCUUUGUGCUGCAAUGGAUAUGGAUGUGGAAGGUGGCUCGAACAUCUCAAAGCAUAUUAAGCAGGAAGAUAUUUAUGAAGGCUCGACAGGUUUGAAAUUAGGAAUGAAGAAAAACCAAAAUGGUGUCUGGGAGCUUAGUAAAGCUGAAGAUACGAGGGUUCCUUCUGGAAAUCAUGUACAGGAGGAACUUGGAAACCAUUUCCAACACCUUAUGCCAAUGAGCAGCAGCACCUCCAGAAGUUACAAAGACGGGGAAGAUCCGAGUGUCAAUCAGGAUGGCGGGGGGAAUUUUGACUUUUCUCUGAACAAUGUCCAUGAACUGGACUCUAUUUCUCUUAACUUUGACCCCACAUACGAUGAUGAGGAUAGGAUUCCUCCUAUGCCAUCGAAAGGUGCGGAUGUUAUUGUCCUCAGUGAUUCUGACGAAGAAGACAAUGUGACUAUGGUUUCUGCUGCUCCAGCAACUGAUGCUAAUGGUAUUAAUUUUCCUUCAGAUCAUCCUGGAUUUGAAGAAACGUACACUGAAGACCCCGCUCUCAAGGUCAAUGGGCCUGCUUUCGGUCCUUUUUCUAGUGACAAUGAUGAUUUUGAAAUGCCUAUGUGGCAGUUGCCAACGUAUCCUCAAGCGGGUCCUACUUUUCAGCUAUUUGGUGAAGAUGGCAAUGGAUCUGAUGCUUUAGUUGAUGUGCAUCAGAACUCGGUCCCAUCACUAAAUGGUUAUGGCUUAACACCAAAUGGGGACACCGGGGAAACUUCACAGGCCCAGGAUCGCUCUACCACAGAAUUGAAUGGGAGUCUAGUUGACAAUCCUUUAGCAUAUGGCAGUAAUGAUCCUUCUUUACAAAUUUUUCUCCCCACUCAACCUGCUGAUCCUCCACAGGCUGACUUGAAUGAGCAUACUGAAAUGGCCAAUGGUGAUGGCUUGCGUAAUUGGAUAUCCCUUAGCCUUGGCGGUGCUGGAGGAGGGAAAGGUGGCUCUGCGUCUUCAAAUGGGAUGGAAUCAUCAAAGCAGCAGUUUACAGCCCAAGAGAAUGACACUGCUUCUUUGCUUCUGAGCAUGAAUGGGGACAGAGGCCAGAAAGCAACCUCAAAUGCUCGAAAGUCUGAUGGUCCUUUCUCACAUCCUCGUCAGCCUCGUUCAGUCCGCCCUCGGCUGUAUUUAUCAAUAGAUUCUGAUUCUGACUAGAAGCCUAAACUGCAGUCAGUGACUUGCAAUCUUCCACUGAAUACAAAAAAGGGUCAUCUCUCUCUCCAUGCUGCUUCAGGUUUCUGGACUUCUUCAGCCUCUAUUUCCUGCUCUAUGAGAAGAUGAACUACUUUUUCUCCUCGGUGAAAUGGUGAAAAGCUGAGGGCAGUUGCACUGUGAAGCAUUCGCAGGCCGAGACCUUUCCUACUUGUACACGAUCUUGAUGGGCGAUGAUGAGUAUAAAGUUUUGAAUUUCGACUUGUUAGCAAUCCUCAGGUUGCUGCCCAAAAAAAAAAAAAGAAAUUCUUUUUGCACCUCCAUCAGGUCUGCAGGCCAGUUAUAGCAGCCUGCAGAAUAUCUUGUACAGAGGGAAAUUAUAAGAGAUUCAAAUGUGGGGUUUAUCUUGGGGGUAUAUAAAGCCUGAUGACCUGAAUUGCCUUUGUAAAUUCUGUGUUUAUUAAAGCUUUGCUUGUGAUUCCUGGUGUU